UGCUUUAUCUUUGAAUUGAAUUAUUUAUAAGCCAUGAAAUACAUGUGCAACUGCCAGCGAUACGAUCGCGUGUAAUCGAACGGUAGUUUGGAAAAUAAAAAAAUGCAAAUCCAAGAGAGCAAUCAAACGCAAUACAGAGGAAAUAAUUUUCCGGCCAUGGACAGUUAGUUUACUCGAGUAAACGUAGCUGGAUAACAAUAUUUACGAAUACUACGUUUUUAAAUAAUAAAGUGCCCGUAAUUCAAAUUACUGCAAGUUUAAACUACAUCUAUAGGUAUUAUUUAUUCGGGCCAGAUAAAAAAUUUUUUUGAAGUAAUUUAAAAGAAUGAAUAAAUAAUUAUUGCUGUAUAAAAUUUCCAAAACGCUCAUCUAUUUUAAGAGACAAUAACUUAAAAAUUCGAAAACCCUAAAAUGGAUACGGCAAAAGUAAACAAUGGUGAUGUACUUGGCGUUGGUUAUUGGAAGUUAAAUAAAUUAAUGCUUAAGUCAGUGGGUCUUUGGCCAUAUCAGAAAAGUUCUACAAAAAUGUGCAUUCGAACGUUCAUCUUUAUCGCGAUUUACAGCAUGAUGAUACCUCAGAUUAUAAGAACAUUUGAAGAAUGGGGCAAGAAUUCAGAAAUAGUUAUAGAAAACAUUACAGGAUUUUUAUACUUCCAAGUCGUAAUUACAAAAUAUGUUACCAGUUGCAUAGCCGAAUCAAACCUUCAAUAUUUGUAUGUAAGGAUUACGGAAGAUUGGAACCACUUCAGAGACGAGGGAGAACAGAAGGUUCUGAGUCACUUCGCUAGCCACGGACGUUUCUUAACCAUAGGAUAUAGCGUAUACUUGUACACCGCCGGGAUCGCUUUUACAACACUUCCUUGUUUGAUACCUGCCGUUUUGGAUCUGAUUAUACCUCUAAACGAUUCCAGACAGAAGGUUCUCUGCUUCUAUGGUGAAUACUUCAUCGAUCAAAGGGUGUAUUAUUACGAAUUAUUGUUACAUACCUUUGUCUGUGUUAUGUGCACUAUCAUGCUCUUUACUACUAUCGAUGCAGCUUAUGCCUGCUGUAUAGAGCAUGUGAUUGGACUAUUCAAUAUUGUUGAUUAUCGUUUGAACCAGGCAUUCAAUCUCGUCAAGGACAAGUAUGACACUAAAUCAGAGGUCAUGCGAAGUGAGAUUCAUAAAUGCGUACUUAGAUCGAUAGAGGUGCACAACCAUUCAAUAGAAAUUGUUGAACUCAUACAAACUACAUACACGACUUGCUUUUUCUUCACUACUGGCAUAAGUCUCAUAUGUCUUAGUCUAGGAACUGUCGAUAUGAUGCUGAGCGUAAAUAAUUAUAUUAAUUUCGCAAGAGUCUUCUUUGCAUGGUGUGGAAUAGUUAUUUAUUUCUUUUAUAUUAGCAUGCCAGGUCAACGAAUCAUAGAUGCCAGUUCAGAUAUUUUUAAUUCUGUUUACUUCAGUGGCUGGUAUGACUUUCCUCUGAAAACGCAGCGUUUACUUAAGUUUAUGAUGAUGCGGUGCUCUGUUCCUUGUCAAUUCACAGCUGGUCCUUUGCUAGUUCUCAAUUUGGAAAAUUGUGGAGUUAUAUUGAAAACUGCAAUGUCUUAUUGUACAUUCGUGUUUGCGAUAAGCUAAGGCAUGGUUGAAACAAGAAGAUCAAAAUGUUGAAUAUAAGUAGUUUUGAUUUAAUAAAAUAAAAAGUUGAAGAUUUGAGCUAAGCAUGCCAUCUAAUGGACAAGGCUUGAAGCUCACUUCAGAGCGAAA